AUGGCGGGUACAAACAAGGAGCGAAUUGAGGAACUAGAAACUGGAGUUGCAGACAUCCGUGAAGAGUUACGAAACCAACAUCAAAUCGUGACGGGGAAGUUUCAAUCUUUGGAAGCAGCGAUCGCACGUUUGACUGAGGCAUUGACGUUAGAACGGGGAGUAGAAGCUGGUGCAACACGAACUCACCAACGCAGCGGAGAUCAGGAGCGACAGCUACAACAUCGGGGAGACAACGCAGAGCAAGCUACCACACCAACGCGGACGGUGAAGCUUGACUUCCCUCGGUUCAGAGGCGGAGACCCAACGUCUUGGCUUAGUAAAGUCAAACAAUACUUUGACUACAAUGGAACUCCUACAGAUCAGAAGGUGCGAUUUUCAGCAUAUCACUUCGAGGAUGAAGCCAAUGAAUGGUGGCAGGCCACAGCAAAAGCUCUACGAGAAGAUGGCGUUCAAUGGCUAAGGAGCUUAGGUCCUAUUGUGUGUGACUGGACAGCCCAAACAAUGGAAUUUAAAUGGGAGGGCCAAGUUCAAAGACUUGAAGGCAUUCACUCACGUCUGGCGGAAGCUCAGUCGCGCGAGAUGGUGAAGGAGGUGCGGCGCGGGGAAUCGUUGUUUGCAGUCCAAGUUAACAACGCCACAGACCGAGCGGUCGCAAUACCCGACACAAUGCAGCCUCUAAUACACAAGUAUAGUGCUCUUUUUCAACCACCCACACGACUACCGCCUAAUAGGCCCAUUGAACAUCGGAUUCCAUUGAAAGAUGGCGUUGACCCGGUGAAUGUGCGACCAUAUCGUUACGCACAUUUCCAAAAAGACGAAAUCGAGAGACAAGUGCAUGAGAUGAUGACCGCGGGUAUCAUUCGUCCAAGUUUCAGCCCCUUUUCAUCCCCGGUCUUACUAGUUAAGAAGAAAGACGGUACUUGGCGGUUUUGUACCGACUACCGCGCACUAAAUUUAGUAACAAUCAAGGACCGGUUCCCUAUUCCAACGGUUGACGAUAUGCUAGAUGAGUUACAUGGGGCUAGAUUUUUUACAAAAUUGGAUCUCACGGCGGGUUAUCAUCAGGUUCGUAUGCACGAGGAGGAUAUUCACAAGACAGCCUUUCGAACACACAACGGGCAUUACGAGUACUUGGUCAUGCCAUUCGGGCUUUGUAACGCCCCGUCCACAUUUCAAGCCUUGAUGAACGACAUUUUCCGGGAGCUUCUACGGAAAUUUGUUUUGGUAUUUUUCGAUGACAUACUUGUGUAUAGCACGACAUGGGAGGAGCAUCUUCAACAUGUGGAGCAGGUUUUUGCAGUUUUACAACAAAAUCAGUUGGUGGUUAAGUUAAAAAAGUGUGAAUUUGGGCAACGAGAGUUGGAGUAUCUAGGCCAUAUCAUCUCCGAUGAGGGAGUAAAGGUGGAUAGAGCAAAAGUUCAGGCUAUGUUGGACUGGCCCGUACCCACUAAUAUUACAGAACUUCGAGGGUUUCUUGGUUUGACGGGUUACUAUCGUAAGUUUGUUCGGGACUAUGGCAUUAUCGCACGACCAUUAACCAACUUAUUGCGCAAAGGAGCGUUCGCUUGGAGUAGCGAGGCAGAAGAGGCGUUCAAGUCUUUAAAAAAGGCUCUUACAACGACACCGACAUUAGCACUUCCUGACUUUACGGUUCCAUUUGUAAUACAAACGGAUGCCUCGGGUGAGGGCAUUGGAGCAGUGUUAUCUCAAGGAGAUAGGCCGAUUGCUUUUAUGAGUCGAGCUUUGGGUGUUACCAAACGUUCCUGGUCAACGUAUGCACGAGAGAUGCUGGCUAUCAUUGUGGCGAUACGAACUUGGCGACCAUAUCUUUUGGGGCGGCACUUCAUCAUACAAACGGACCAGAGCAGUUUGCGUUAUCUUUUAGAACAACGCAUUUUAACUCCAGAGCAGCAGAAAUGGGCCGGAAAAUUAGUUGGCUAUGAUUAUGAGAUCACAUACAAGCCCGGUAAGACUAACUUAGCAGCCGACGCAUUAUCCCGUGUGGUCGGUAGUCCCAUACUCAAUGCCGUUUUUGUGCAACAAACAAGCCUUUGGAAUGAUAUCCGCGAACUAGCCAAGAAUGACGAUCCGCAGACGGACGGUCAAACUGAAGUAGUUAAUCGGUGUAUUGAACAAUUUCUCCGGUGUUUUGUUCACAAUAGGCCCACGCAAUGGAGUGCACUACUCCCUUGGGCUGAGUUUUGGUAUAACACCACAUUUCAUGUGUCAACGGGAACAACUCCGUUUCAUGCUCUCUAUGGUCGGCCACCGCCCGUCAUUCCUCGUUAUGAGCCGUAUCGCCAACAAUCCGUCAUUCGUCGUACGUCGCAGAAGUUGGCUCAUCGUUACUUUGGUCCAUUCCAAGUAGAGGCUAAAGUAGGCGCUGUGGCUUAUCGUUUAAAGUUGCCGACAGGAUCACGUAUUCACCCCGUGUUUCAUGUCUCACUCUUGAAGCCGCAUAUAGGAUCCUCGACGCCGCAGGAAGGGCAGUUGCCUCCAUUACGGGAGAAUGGCUAUCUCCAUUUGCAGCCGGAGACGGUCAUUCGUCGUCGCAAAGUUCAGACGGGAGGCAAGCUGGUUGUUGAGCUGCUGAUCAAGUGGAAAGGUCUCAGUGACGAAGAUGCCACUUGGGAAGAAGAGGAGCAAGUCAAGGCCAGCUUUCCAACCUUUGUUCCUAACCUUGAGGACAAGGUUGUUCUUCGGGAGGAGGGUAUUGAUAGGCCUAUGAUAUCGGAUCGGCCCGUCCGGACAAGAAGACCUAAUCCACGUUACUUGGAUUAG